UUUCUACCUUUUUUUUUUUUUUGCUACCUUGUCUUUUUUUUUAACCUUACACGUGCUGGUCUGCUGUAAUCUAAGUUAGAAGACAUGGCUCAGGCCCAGGCUAGAAGAAACACUUGGGAAGGUUUCAAUCCUCAGCAACCACCAACAGCGGUACAACAACAGCAGCAGCAGCAACAGCAAUACCAUACUUUUGCUGCGGAAAUAAAUCCUAUUGAUACGUUGCAUAGCUAUAUAUACGAUUAUUGUAUCAAGCGCAAUUAUCUCAACGCUGCUCAUGCUUUUGCGAGCGAAGCCAACGUCAACGUUGAUCAAAAAGUUCAAAUAGACGCCCCUGAAGGUUUUCUUUCAGAAUGGUGGGCCGUGUUUUGGGAUCUAUAUAAUGCCAAACUUAGAGAUCCAAACGCAAGUAAAGAGGCCUUUUUGUACGAUGAGCACCAGGCGGCUUUGCGAGCACAGCGUGAUCGCUUCAAUCAACAGAAAAUGAUGAAUCAAGUCUUGCAGCAGCGACGAAUGUCCGAGUUUCAGGCUAAGCAGGCACAGCAAAUGGGUCAAGAGAUGGCACACGCGUCACCAGCUAAUAGUAAUACUUCAUUACCUAAUAAUCCUAAUAUGCCACCCCCAUCCGCCGGCAAUAUCAUUCACACACCUCAAACUGCUCCAAGUACUCUACCUAAUCAACCACCACGUGUAAGCGCGUCGCCGUCCUUUUCUCCACAACAGGUGCAAAGACAAGGUCCUGGACCUGAUCAACCACAACAACCUGGUGAUCAACCAAUGAUGGGUCCACCUAUGCCUGGGAGUGGUCAGCAGAUCCCAGGUCAACCGCCUAUGAACCGUCCCAACAUGCAAAUGAUACACAGUAGUAUGAUUGCCGCUGCAAUGAAUGCUCUUGGUUUUGGUGGUAGAGACGCUGCGACAUUGACUGCUGAGGAAAAGGCAUCCGUUCAAAAUCACAUAAAAAGACAACAGAUGGCACAAAUGCAGUCUGCCCUAUCUCGUAACCCUGCCAUGAGUGGACUUACCCCACAGCAAGUUCAUGCUAGGAUGCAAAUGCAGGCUUACAUGAACGUGAACCAGCAAAUGAUGCAGCAGCAAGGUCAACCACCAUCUGCUCUUCAGCAGCAGCAGCAGCAACAGCAGCAGCAACAACAACCAGCUCAGCUUCAGGCAUAUCAAAUGCAAUUACAUAGGCAGAUGCAAUGGCGCGCUCAACAGCAACAACGCGUCAUGCAGGCUCAACAGCAACAACAGCAGCAGCAACAACAACAAGGGGGCCCUCAGCAACAGCAACAACAACAGCAGCAGCAACAGCAGCAGCAACAGCAACAGCAGCAAUUUGCACAACAGCAGCCGCCAAUGAAUGGGCCUGGAACCAUGCAUCACCAAAUGAUGCCGGGUAUGCCAAAUCAACAGAUGAUGGGAAUAAACCAGGAUCCAGCACAAUAUCAGAAUACCCUUGCACAGUUGAACAAGAAUCAGCAAAUGAUGCAGCAAUAUCGACAACAACAAAUGCAGAGAAUGAUACAGCAAUCACAGCAAGCUAAUCAACAAAUGGCUGCGCUUCAGCAACAGCAUCAGCAACAGACAGUAAAUGCUACUGCUAGCCCAAAGCGUAAACAAGCAGGCGAUAAUGUUGGCACUCCACAGUCGAUGCAAUCUCCCCAGAUGCGAACAAACAAUGCUGAUAGUCCUAAAACUGUCGGGAGUAUCCAACAGUCUCCUCAAACUACUACGUUGGAGGGAAACACCCCCAGCUCUCCGCUUGUUCAAAUGCAACAGCGAUUGGCACAGCAGAGAUUGCAGCAGCAGCAGGCUCAGCAACAGGCCCAACAGCAGCAACAACAACAGCAGGCCCAGCAACAUCAAGCUCAAUUUGGCUCUCAAACUUCAGAUCCUAGAGCUAGUCAAUCGCCUCAGAUCAACCGGCAAAACGUCAACACACCGGCCAGUCAACAGCGAAGUGCAUGGAAUCAACCACCCAUGGACAUGAAUUCUCCAGCUUUCUCAGUCAACCAAGAUAACUCAGUCAGUUCUCCUGCCAACCCAUCCGAGUCUCCACAAGUGGCGCAAGCUCAGGCAAACACUCAAUUGCAACAGCAGAUGGUAGCUAACAACAACAACCAUCCGCAACAAGGAGCUGCAGACGCGGGGGCAAAUGGAGAUAUGGGCAUGAACUUUGACUUGGAGAAAUUUGUCAUGGAAGAUAGUGGCGAUUUUGCAGAAUUGUCUGACAUGUUUGCUGGAGACGAUGAAGGUGGUGACUCUAAUAUGCUGAUGGCAGCGGAAGGCAACGAUAUGGAUCCAUUUGGGGGUGGUUUUUUAGCUAGCAUGGGUGGCGGUACUGGAGUUGAUUCGAACGCUGCCACCCAUACUAACGGUCAACCCAUCCAACUCUACUGUGAUCUCCAAGGCCAUACCACCAAAGUUUCUACCUGUACUUUUACGUUGGAUGGAAGCUGGCUUGCCAGUGCUGGGCAUGACAAAAAGGUCUUGGUUUGGAACGUGGCUGAGAAGAAGCUGGCUUUGAGCCUUGAAGGGCAUAGUAACCAAGUGACCAACGCGCGGUUUAGUCCUGACAACCGUAACUAUUUAGCGACUGGAUCUUAUGAUAAAUCCCUUCGUAUUUGGGAUGUAGGAACUGCCUUGAGCAGUGGAAGUAUGUCAGUACAGGCUAUCAACAAAUUCGAUUGCAAGACCCAAGUUACUGCUGUAGAUUUCUCGCCCGAUCGUCCAGAAAUAGUUUGUUCUCUCGAUGCUGAAGGAGAACUCAAAGUGUGGAAUUUGACUGCUAGUCAGUGCGAGAAGACUAUUCGUAUGGUAAGUGAAUGCUCAAACGUAAGCUGAAGAAUGAUCUGUUAUUAACUCGUGGUUUGAUCCGUUGCUAGUCCACGUCCAAGUCGAAUUACUCGCCUAACCCACUCCGGUUCAACCCUAGAGGAAAUAAUAUAUUGGCUGCAGCGGUGUCCACUACUCUGCAUAUUCU